AUGAAACUCGAUCGUGGCUUGCUACUUUCCGCUCCCUAUACGGUCGACAUCUUGGUCACCGACUGGAUCAACAACCGCAUCAACUAUUAUACGGAAGGCGCCGGGAAAGGGGGCAUUUUUGCCAAAACACAGGAUGACAAGGGCUACAUCAUCUAUUCUACACUGGGGUCCAUGAAUCUUACCUUCAAUUCUACAACGGGAGAGUGCCGGGCAAAUUCCACGGGCUUUCUGCAGGCGAUCUAUCAUUUCCCCGAUGCCCUGCGCGAGUACUUCGGCGAGAGGGCUGAGUAUGCGGACGAGUUAUUGCUGUCUCUAGUUGAUUUGAGCGAAAAGAAUCCGGCUUAUGCUAUGGGAGAACAAAUCGUGUCCGGAGUGCUCGGCGUUGAAUGGUUAAUGUGCGGGAAUAAGGAAGGCACUACGAGCACUUUCCAGAUCAGCGUUGUGGCCGCGGGGAAAAACUCUAUUUCUCCUUUUUCCGGAAAGACGAACCCAUCACCGUUGUCGAUCACUAUUACGCACUAUGCUAAUGGCACUGAUGCAAAUUCGACAUCUGACUUUGAUGUAACGUUCACCUUCACUUCUUACGGGUCUUUUGAUCCGGAAAACGCUCAAUUCAAGCUCCCCAGAGGUACUUUCUGCCCGGAUCUUCCGCAAGUAAAACCUCCGCUCGAGAAGGCGCUCCCCGAAAAAUUCUCCGCCGUCGUGCAAUUGUCGCAGGAUAUGAAGACGUGGUCUGCGCCAAAGUUGCUCUAUGCUAGUCCUUACGUCGCAGUGGCUUCCCAGACGAAUGGGAAGAUUCCUCUAUUUAACCAAGAUCUUCCAGCGCAGACCAUUGCCGUUACUCACGAUUAUUCGACAGGGUACGAAUACCUGUUCGCCGCGAACGGCGGCUGCCUGGAGGUGCAGCCGAUCGACGGCAAAGCCCCUGACCUUGCCGGCCAAACACUUGGGGCUGCCAUUAACCUUUUUGUUCCAACAAAAGUCUCCAACUGGUCCGCAUAUGAGGAUGUCAAAGUGGCGGAGGGCACUCUGUCAGUUUAUCGUGGUGUUUUCGACAACGAUAAGACCUGCGAAGUCCGUCUUCUGAAUAAUGCCACGCUUUAUGACGUAACGCACUUCCAAAAGGAUGGGGCUACCUCGAAGCCGGACUCUUACUAUCGUCCGCUCGUCGAUCAAUCCUUGAACCUGCAACCGUUUGGUCGAAUUGAGAACUGCUUUCCACGACGCGAUAAUACCACCUUCGCUGUCACUUUUGCUGAACGUAAAUUUUCAACGGUGAAUGCCGAAUUCGUGGCCCUCGAAACAGCGCUGAAAGCACAGAUCCAACAACUAAAGCCAAUUUCCGCUGGACGGAUCUCCAUUGCAUUUGUUCCUUCCGCCCAUGAUGAUCUAGUGGCGCUCAUCGCGUUGGCUGAUGCGCGGACCGACCCUGCUGCCCCGGUCAGCUCAAAGAUUGCGGAGACCUCUGUUCCUGAUUUCAUUACCGUCUUGAACGCCACCAUCGCAGGCGACAAUUGGACUGUCAAGGUUUUGGACGCGAAGAAUGUGACACAGGACUUUGUUGUGCGGAAGCAAUCGUUCACUGCCUACCCGGAUGUCUCGAACAAAGCCGACUUUGUCGGUUUCAGCGGAGGCUCAAUGACCGUGCUGGCAAUUUCGAUGUUCCUGAUCGGCGUGGCGAUCGGCGCAGUCGGCGUCUGCUGGCGCACCAAUCGUGCCGGAAUCCAACAAAUCGCCUACCAAGUAUUUGAA